AUGGACUACAACCGAUCUGAUGGUCAAGGACGGCGCUUCGCGAUCGCCAUUACUCGUCUUCCAGCCAAGGUUCCGGUGACAGAUUCCCGCUAUGGUGGCGCGGUUUUGACAAACCCAGGUGGCCCGGGUGGCUCAGGCGUCGCCCAGGUGCUUGUCAGCGGCAAAGCCCUGCAAAAGACCAUAGACUCGGAGAACGACCCAGGUAUUGUCGACCCAGAAAGCGCUUCGCGGGACAAGUAUUUUGACGUCAUCGGAUUUGAUCCCCGGGGGGUCAACAACACGACUCCAGGGUUCAGCUGCUUCCCCCAUCUCUUCGCCCAGCGAAACUGGGAACUGCAAGUGGCAGCCGAAGGCACACUCGGUAGCGCAGAGAACGCAUUCUGGCAUAACUGGGCUCGCUCGACUGCCCUCAAUACUGGAUGCGCUGCCAAUUUGUCCACUCCUCCGAGAGAUGGAGAGGAGGCUUUGGGCGAACAUCUCAACACGCCCCCUGUGGCUAGAGAUAUGCUAGAGAUUGUUGAACGACACGGUGAAUGGCGUGCAGAGCAAGGUUUGCUGGAGCAACGCCAACAGGACCAUAUGCAUGGCUAUGAUCCGGGACAGAGUAUAGUAGCGCGAACACGAUGGCAGCAGGGACGGGAGAAGCUCCUGUACUGGGGUCGGUCGUACGGAACCGUUCUAGGUUCCACGUUUGCAACUAUGUUUCCCGAUCGUAUCCAUCGGGCUGUGCUUGAUGCUGUGGUAGAUGUCGAUAAGUACUACUUCGGGGAAGGGCCCAAUGCUGUCGAAGACGCUGACGCCAUUUUCGACCAAUUCACGCGAUACUGUCAUGCGGCUGGAGGGGAUGUCUGCCCCUUCUAUGUCCAAGGCGGACCGGCCGCCAUCAAGAAAGCGUAUUUGGCACUGGAAGAGGCUCUCUACAAUCGCUCAUUACCGGUUCCCGCAUCAGCCACACGAGGUCCGGAAGUUGUGACAUGGAGUGACCUGAAGAUCAUCUUGCGAAUCGCUUUGUAUCAACCACUUUACGGGUUUCCUCAGCUGGCAGAAAUAGCGACCGGAUUAUCUCAGGGCAGUGGUGCCGCCCUUGCCGACUUCAAAGUUGGGGGCCGCUCCCCAUCAUGCCCUUCCGAUCAAUGCCUUCAAGCUGGGCCGUGGUCUGCUGAGUGUCAAGUGUCGGGGCACAAUGAGGCGUAUUCGAGCACAGCCAUUCUUUGUGCCGAUGCGGAGUAUUUGCAGGAUGCCGACGAAGAAGAGUUCAAGCGCUCCUGGGCGUCGUUGCAGGAAGAUAGUGCCAUGCUUGGGGAUUACUGGGCCAGUCUUCUGAUGAGCUGCGUAGGGUGGAAGCUCAAGCCGAAGUGGAAGCUUACAGGGCCAUUUGCAGCCAACACCUCCCAUCCACUGCUGUUUGUGAGCAAUACGCUCGACCCCGUGACGCCUCUGCGCAGUGCGCGCAAGAUGUCCGAAAACUUCCCCGGCUCGGUGCUUCUGAAGCAGGAUUCCGAAGGCACCGGCGAGCUUCCGCCUCCUGGUGUAGUAUGCAAGGCAGAUGAUAAGCCCAUACUGGGAGCGUCGCCUUCGACACAAGAGCGGGGGAUGAGUGCCGAGGACCAGAAGCUGUAUGAGACACUGAUGGAGGACGCCCAGCGAGUGGCAAUAGCCCGGCUACCACUGUAG